AUGGUGGGGUCGGUUGUUGCCUCAAACUCAAGUUCAUUUAAGUACCUCUACCCCAACGGAUUUGCUGGCGCCCCCAGUCAAGACAUCAACUCCUCAGCCCUACCCCUUUAUCACACUCACCAGACUGCUGCUUCAUCCGGUUCAGCCCUCAGCGCCUCCUCCACUUUUAACGGCAACAUUGCGAUUUCUGCCAUCUGGCCGGACACUCCAAAGUCGAUCAACGAGGCGCCACUUCCCCUUCCUCUUCCUCUGCCUCCGCCACCGCCGCCACCUUCCUCCAUGUCGCAAUCGGGAGGUCUGAGCUCGUCUGAACUUCCACUGCCUCCUUUGCGCAGCUUGACCUGCCCAUCUCACGACGAUCCGACCACCUCUCGGCCGUUCUCCAUGAAACUGGCUCAGUCACUGCUACCCGACACUGGCCACAUGGGCGAGGCUCGCGUCUCUGGCGUUAACAACUUCUCGCUCGUCUAUCCCGGCCUCAUGACCGCCUCUUCACCAGACGCUGGCUCGAGCACACUCACACGCAAUUGUUGCAAAACGCAACAAUUGGCUCGGCUAUUCGAGGAGACAGCCACGGCUAUUCAUUAA